AAGUGUCCCCGGAUUGCUCCUCGUCCCCUCUGACAUGUUUGCCCAAAGCACCAUCCGUAAAGUCACCUUCAAGAGGGCAACGUGCGGUUUGACCCAGAGGAGACUCGCUUCGACUCAGUCUCUGAAGGAAGUCUUGCAAGACGUAGUGCCAGCUAAGCAGGAACAGUUGAAGAAGCUCAAAGCCGAACACGCGCAGACCGUGAUCGGAGAUGUCAAGGUUGAGCAAGUUGUCGGCGGUAUGAGAGGGCUCAAAGCUAUGCUUUGGGAAGCGUCGGUGUUAGACCCAAACGAGGGCAUCCGCUUCCAUGGCAUGACUAUACCAGAAUGUCAGAAACACCUCCCAGCGGCUCCUGGGGGAAAGGAGAUUCUACCUGAAAGUAUGCUGUGGCUGCUCCUCACAGGACAGGUCCCUACCGAGAGCCAAGUUCGACAACUCUCUGCGGAACUGGCGGCCAAAGGAGCAUUGCCUUCUUACGUCGAGAAGCUUAUUGACUCGCUACCGAACAACCUGCAUCCCAUGACGCAGCUGGGUAUGGGUGUCGCCGCCUUGAAUAAGGAAAGUGUCUUCGCAGAAGCCUACGAGAAAGGCAUUAAGAAGAGCGAAUAUUGGCACUACACGUUGGAAGACUGUCUCAACCUGAUUGCCCGGCUACCGGCUCUCGCCGCACGCAUAUAUCGCAAUGUCUACAAUCCCGGUGCUCCGAUACCUGAAGUGUCCUCUGAUUUGGAUCUCGUGGGAAACUACGCCAGGAUGCUAGGAUUCGCGAACGAGGACUUGACUGAGUACCUCCGCCUGUAUAUCGCUAUUCAUGGUGACCAUGAAGGCGGCAACGCAUCUGCUCACACCGCUCAUCUGGUCGGUUCUACCCUUUCUGACCCAUAUCUGUCCUACUCGGCGGCGUUGUAUGCGCUAGCUGGCCCCUUGCACGGUCUUGCCAAUCAAGAAGUAUUACGGUGGCAGCUCGCCAUGCAGAAGGAACUGGGCGACAACGUUACCCAUGAUCAGAUUAAGGAUUACCUGUGGAAGACUCUUAAGAGCGGACAGGUCGUGCCGGGAUACGGCCACGGAGUGCUGAGAAACCCCGACCCGAGGUUUAUGGCCCUGCAGGAGUUCUGCGAUGCUCGCCCGGAGUUGCUUAAGAGUCCCAUUAUCCAAAUGGUCAAGAAGACUUAUGAAGUUGCACCAGGUGUCCUCAAGGAACAUGGGAAGACGAAGAACCCAUACCCCAAUGUCGACGCCACCUCUGGUUGUGUACUAUACCAUUAUGGUCUGACUCAGUUCAAGUACUACACGGUCAUUUUCGGCGUCUCCAGAGCUUUGGGUGCACUUACUCAGCUGGUGUGGGCUAGAGCGUUAGGCUUACCUAUCGAGAGGCCUAAAUCGCUCUCAAUGGAUGCGAUUGAGAAGCUCAUCGGCGCCUCCCGCUAAGCUUCAUGGUCAACUCAUCAGUAAGCUGAUCUGUUUCAAUCUGGGGGAUGCGAUGCAUGCAAGCCAGGUUUAGCAGCGGCUGGGGAGCAGACACUGCAGUCGCAAAAUUAACAUCGCAUGGGAACGCGGAUAGUUCCCACUGUAAUAAUAAUCAGUCAUACGGAAUAACUAGUAAUCAAGAACAUGAUCCGUUGCA